AUGGACUCCAUUCAAAAUUUAGCCACGAUUUCGUGCCACUGCGGUACUGCCCGACAAACGGUAACACCGCGAACCGGCCAGGACAGCAUCUUCACUGGCGCAACGAUCUGCCAUUGCGAUACUUGCCGAUACUCAUCCGGUGUGCAUUGCGUGCCCUUCGCUCCGAUUUCCACGCCGUCCGUCGCAGCACUCAAGCGCUACUCUCCCUCGGCCGACUCGACCCGCUACUUUUGUCCUACCUGCGGAUGCCACGUUUUCUGUGCUAAGCACCCUUCUCCCUCGGCUCCCGCUGAGGAGUGGGAGUGGGAGGUAGCAACGGGAACUAUCUUGGAUGCACCGGAGCCUAGCAAUCUCUCCCCGGAAACUUGGACGCACCGGAACAUCAACGACACUAAAGACGGCGGACUUUCCCGAUGGCUACCUAAUACCCCUCCUUCCACGGCCUCCACUCCUACUACAGCCAUCACCCUACCAUCAUCAUCAACCCUCCCUCCCGAUACCGAAACCGACACCCUCCACGCAGCAUGCCACUGCACCUCCAUAACCCUCAACAUCACCCGCCCCUCAGCAGACCCAACCCUCAACCCAGACUCCCCUUACGCCGACCUCCUCCUUCCCUACGCAACCAACCCUCCCGAGGUCAUCUCUAACCCGUCUCACGAGAAAUGGUACCUUCGCCCGGUCCCUUCCAACGACACUUCCAACCCUUCCAACCCACCAAGCCAUUACCUCGCAGGAACCUGCGCCUGCCUCCCGUGUCGCCUAACCACCGGCUCGGAGAUCCAAACCUGGGCUUUCAUCCCCCGUCGUAACAUCACCAUCGCCGCCAUCGAUUCAACCAAGGGAAGUGGCGAUAGCGCCAGAAUGUCGUUGGACUACCACCCCCUCGACUUCAACAACCUCCCCGCCAACCUCUCACUAACCACCUACCGCUCUUCCCCAGGCCGCAUGCGCGAGUUUUGCGGUGUCUGCGGCGCUACCGUCUUCUGGCACGACGAGUUUCGCACGGGCCUGAUCGACGUUAGUGCGGGGCUUUUCCGGGCUGCGGCUCCAGACAUUGCGCGCGGUGGCGAGCAUGGGAAGAAUGGCGGUGAUUCGCGGAGAGAAGAUUGGUUGGUGUGGUGGACGGGGCGGGUCAGUUUCGCAGAGGAGGCCAGCACGGGGAGAACGCGGGGGGCAAAGGCGUGGGGAGAAGGUUUGAUCGCAGGGCUAGAAGAGGGGAUGAAGAAGGAACAUAGCUCCAGGAAUGAGUAA